GCGAGCGUGCGAGGAAGGCGAAGCUGUCUCGUCGGCUGUGCUAUUUUCAUCGGCGCGCUACUGCUGGCCCAGAUUCGAUGCGACCGUCACGACGUGAACGUGAUAUUCGAGUUGUCUGCGAGUUUGCUGGGCCUCCCGGCUCGUUGUACGCCUUCUGCUUCGAUCGACAUUAAUUCCGGGCAAAGUUUUCUGCCGCCGUCCGUUGACCGUGUCUCUUGUGCGCGCGAAUCCUCAAACGAAGUUUCUCGAGAUACGGGUGAGCGAUUGUUGUUGUGUUGUACCACCUCUUGAAGUUGCUGAAAGUUCGUUCGUCUCUUUUUCUCACUCUCAAACCUCUCUCUAGAGAGAGCGUGUUUUUUUAUGACCCUACGGGGAUUCCUGACCAAGUGAAAUCUCAUCGUGUACGACACACACUGUGUGCAAGUGCUGCUCGUAAGAUGUGACUUCUCGGCGUGUACCGUGUGUGCUACCCUCACGUCGUUUCUCGAACGCUUGAACAACUGUGUGACGCGCGAGUUCACUUCAGUGUGUUGUAACGUAUUUUUCUGUCGUAUUCGCUGUGCAGCAAGGGUACGGAGGCUAAACGUACACCUUUUGUCACGCUGAUUGCGUGGCUCGUCGUCAAAUGACCUUAAGUUUCCUGGUGAGUGCAUCCUCACAUACAUGGAGUUUCAGCUGGAUAGCGCAGAAUACUGCCAGGCUCAACACAAAUAGAGAGACACGCCCAAACAUCCUAGAAUCAACUAGGUAUUAUUAAAGGAAAAAGAAAAAAAAAACAACAAAACAUCAUAAUCAGGCAAAGGAAAAUUUGAUAAUAUUGGGAUCGUUGCCUCAAAGUUAAAAAAAAGAAAAAGAAAAAUCAUCAGCUAGUCAUCAUACGAAACAUAGAAGAAUUAAAUAGAAUCAAUUGUUAAUUUACAUAAUUAAAUGCAAGAAUUGUAGAUACUGAGCGCACCUGAUUCAGGCGCACCCAGUGCCAAAUAGAUAAUCUUCCGAAUUGUAGUCGAGGAUCCCAAGUGGGAAUCAAUCGCAUAUCAACAACGCCUAAUGUAACGUAGCCCUCACUCUUUCAGUGAAAUUCGCACCCUACCAACCCUUUCCGAGGUCUACAUGUAAACCCAUUGUUCUGUCCUCUGUAAAAAAAUAACAAAGUAUUCAAUUAGUUAAAUGAAAAACAACUUUAUAAGACUGACAUCUAUGGGCUAAGUUGUCAAAUUCAGCCUUUAUCGCUUGGGUAUAGUGUGGCACACAUUGCAGAAAUAAAGAGAAACAGUGUCGUACAAAGAAGUCAUUUGAAGAAAUUAUAGAACAAUACACACAGGAGUAGGAGUUUUUUUAUUUAUCGCUUGUUGUCCAAGAGGAAAUGAGCAACAUGAGGGUGAAGGAUAUCAGGCCCGAGCCCGCCGAGAUUGAAUACAAAAACAUGAAGUUCCUCAUCACUGAUCGGCCCAAUGAUCAGACCAUUCAUACUUUUAUUCAAGAACUGAAAAAGCACAAUGUAAAAGAAGUAGUGAGGGUGUGCGAACCAACGUACAAAGUUGAGGAACUUAAAGCUGAAGGGAUCAACGUGGUGGACUUGGUGUUUGACGAUGGCACUUUUCCACCGAACGAAGUCAUCGAUGAAUGGUUUGAACUGCUAAAAAAUCGAUUCCGCGAGUCACCUGAUGCAUGCGUGGCGGUGCAUUGCGUUGCAGGACUCGGUAGAGCACCGGUUUUAGUUGCGCUUGCUCUUAUCGAGCUUGGAUUAAAGUACGAGGAUGCAGUCACGUUAAUCAGGGAUAAAAGACGAGGCGCCAUCAAUUCGAAGCAGCUGGCCUAUCUUGAAAAGUAUCGUCCCAAAUCUCGGUUGAAGCUCAAAAAUGGACAAAAGAACUCCUGCUGUGUCCAAUAGAUCAAACGAUUUUUUUUUCCUUUUUUUUUUCUGUGAAAAGUUACUAAUUCAUACUGAUUGGUAUACCUAAUUGUAUAGGUUUUCGCGCCUGAUAACAAGAGACAUAAUUGUAUCGACUCUGUUCUGAAAGGCCUAUCAAUGGAAAUGCAACCGAACUACUUAAACUAAAGAAAUUUUUUACAGGCAUACUCUUUCGUCGUCUUAUUCUCUAAAUCGAACAGUUGAAAAGUGAUUUAUUUGCAUUCUUCGUUUUACGAAAAUUUUUGUAUUUAUGUUUUAUACUAAAUUAACGUUGCAGAACGAGCCGGGGAGACCUUCUUGCACGUGAUCAGAACAGUUAAUUAAAUUAGAAUGGAUCUGAUCGUGAUUUGUACAAUAAAAUAAAUUGGAUCAACUUUAUGCGUUAUGCGGUAAUACUUUGGGUGCCUCGUUUAACAUUAUUACGUAUAGGUAUUCUAGAAGGCUGCAUUUACUUGGUCCAAGAUAAUAAAACAUGCAAUACUUAAUUAAUUAAUUGAUUAAUUAAUUUGUAAACAGUAGUUAAUACGUUAUUUAUGUUAAAUAUUUUAAAAACGAAGCAAAGGACGUGGAAAUUAGCAUGAUUUCUUUUUUUUUUCUUUGUAAGAAGGAUGGUUUUUUCAGUACUACGAGUGUACACAGCCGUCAUGAUGAAGCGUAGUUUAGAGAUAUUAGUGCAAUAAAAAGUUAUGUUUUCCCAAUAAGAUUGAUUACAGAAAAAUGCAUAAAUAUCUUGUCAACACUUUUUAAAGUGAUUUAAUGUGUUUGCCUUUAGAUUACUGUGACCAGAUUUUUUUUACAGGUGUUUUGCAUAUAACUUGAAUGAAAAAUUAUGAUACUUACAUGAUUUUUUUCAGAUAAAGAUCGGAGUAACGUAUUCAUUACAAAACCGUAUCUCCUUAACAGUGCGUGGUUUAUGCAAUAUACUUAUUUUUACUUGAAAUAGCUCGCAAGUAUUUUAUACAAUCAAUGCAAAUUAAUUUUUAAAUCAAUUGCAACAUUUAAAUUAACCAAUUAGCGUUGAAUUACAAUGUAUAUUUUAAUUACUGCUGCAUCUGCUAAGGAGAUAUUGCAAAAUACAAUCAAUAAUACAUGGAUUCAUAGGUAGAUCAAAUCUUUGAUUAUCAGUUCGGAAACAUUUUAGCACGAUAUACAAUAGAAAAAAAUAUUGCGUUGCAUUUCCAGUGGCAUGCCAAACUGAUGGGUAUUCUUAACUUCUACUGGACUUGAAAUCUGCGUUAACUUGAAAUAUCGAAAUAUUGCGAAACAAAGUGAAGUAAAUCACACCAGAGUUAUAUAUCACUUUUAUCGUAGCUUAACGACAAUUUCACCAAAAUAUUUUUAAACAUCCACUUUUAUUCGACAAAUUUUAAAAGGCUGCAUACGCGUUUUGUGUGAAGCAUCUAUUGUAACGGUAAUUCACGAAUUUUGGUAAAAUUGUCGAUGACGCUGUACGCCACACUAAACUGUGUUCAAAAAAAAAAAUAGAAGGAAAAAAAAAGGAAGAUUCGCUCCUAAAAUAAUGAAUGUAAUACUUAGAUUCAUUUCAUGCGUCUGUCGAUUUAACGUGAAUGUACGCACGUUUCUACAAUGUAUUUAUGAUAUGUGAAUUGUUUUUAAUAUUUUCGUACUUGGCAGAGAAUUGUGUACAAGAGUGAUGUGAACUGUCGUUAGCUGUUUGUAUCGUUAGUUUUCUUUUCAUGAUUAGCAUGUAAGGUAUGACAUUUUUCUACGAAACUGACUAAUCAAUUAAUUGCGCGAUCGUUGCGUCACCAGUGAUCAAAGAUUUGCCAUUUUUGUGCAUAAUUAUUCUUUUUUAGGUAAACCAAGUACAUUCACUGUGAUCGCAGACUAGGAAUGAAAUUUGAACCUGGUACAGCUCCUUUUUUGUAAUGUUAAAAAAAAACACUGCAAUAUUUUUUACCAGAGGAUGGGACGAGGGACAUUCUUAUAAGAAAAAAGAAACUUAUCAAGCCUUAGAUCCGAAAUUGAACGAAUAAUUUUUACUUGUUCAAUUUAUUAUUAUUAUUAUUAUUAUUAAUAUUUAGUUUACUCUUUACGAUUAUCACGAUUGCUAAUGUUUGUUUUUGUUUCUCAAUAAUAACCCUUUUAAAGUAAUAUGAUGAUACUUUAAAUUAGGUAUACUUUAGGAUUCAUUGAGAAAAAAGAAAGAAAAGUUACCAACGAAUUUUAAAAAAUGUGAAAUUUAAUUUUGCACGUCGAUUCACUUCUUCAAGCGAGAUGUACUUCUCUGUCAGAAGUAAUUACGUAUAUAUAUAAAUAUACAUAUAUGAGUGAAUAUUUUUUAUCUGUGAUACAAUUUUCGCGAAAAAAAAAAAUGGUUGAAAAUUAUAAGAGGAUUAAAUGAAUCGGGCUUAGUGAAACGAGCUACCUGGGAAAAUGAUAUAAUAUAUUCGAAAUAUUUUUCAGGACUAACAAGAAUCGUGUGAUUCACUGUUUCAAAUCAAAUGGGCAUUGGUAGAUCUUAUUGUGAAAUUGUAUUUAGGAAUGUAUUUUGAUCUGAAUAUUUAAUAUCUCCCGUACUCGCAGAGUAUUUUUAUUCUCGAAGAAUUGAAUCGAAACGUUGUGUCAGAUUUUCGUUUUAUUAUCCAGAGGAACGAUCCAUUAAAAAAAUAUAAGGGUAUAUAUAACUUUUUCGUUUAAUUGCCAUAUUUUUUAACGAUGGCGACUAUGGAAAUUAUUUUUUCAUUUACUUUACGUUCGAAUAAAAAUGUUUUCGACUCAUACGAAUACUGAGAACAGAAACAACUUAGGUAGCAAAGAAAAUAUCCUCUAUUUUGAACCGACGUAAACGGGAUAAGAACAAGUCACUCUUUUUCGAAUCGAUUAAGGAAAAAAAAAUAAAUUUAACGAGUUAGCGCAAUUUAAACAAGAAUUACUAUAUUAUUAUUGUAUUUAAUUUGUUAAUGUAAUUUCCUACCUACCGCUGUAUUAACGAAAUUGAAUUAAAUUAUAAAUGAUGAAUUUUGUUAUAUUGUAAAACAUCAGUAAUGAAAUAAAAAAAGAAUGGAAGUCGUUUUGUGAAGAAGCCAUGUUUUCAUGUCACUUCUUACAUUGACGAAAUAAAAUAUUUCUAUAUCAUGA